AUGAAGGCCCUCGUCAUCGCCGCUCGCUUGCUCUUCAUCAACCUCGUUGUCAUGUUGCGCGCCUCUUCACGCCCGGCACUGGCGGCCGUGCGAACCACCGCGCCCUUCCUGCGCGCUUCUGCCGCCUCCUGCCGCGGCCUGGCCUCGGCGACGGGCCUUCACGCGUCCCCAAAGGUCGGAUCGCAGCUUCAUGGAUUCACUCUCCGCCGAGUCAAGCAUGUGCCGGAACUCGAACUGACAGCCCUCCACCUGCAACAUGACAAGACGGGCGCCGACUACCUGCAUGUCGCUAGAGACGACUCGAACAAUGUCUUCUCAAUUGGCUUCAAAACAAACCCGCCUGACGACACCGGCGUCCCCCACAUCCUCGAGCAUACCACCCUGUGCGGAAGCGAGAGAUACCCUGUCCGCGACCCUUUCUUCAAGAUGCUGCCGCGCUCGCUCUCGAAUUUCAUGAAUGCGUUCACCUCCUCAGACCACACCACCUACCCUUUCGCCACCACAAACCCGCAGGAUUUCAAGAAUCUGAUGUCGGUCUAUCUGGACGCCACUUUGCACCCUCUGCUCAAGGCAAACGACUUUACGCAAGAAGGAUGGCGUAUCGGCCCAGAAAAUCCUCUGGAGCCGGCCUCCGAGGACAACCAGCUGGCUUUUAAGGGUGUCGUUUACAACGAGAUGAAAGGGCAGAUGUCGGAUGCAAGCUAUCUGUACUACAUCCGUUUCCAAGACCACAUAUUUCCAGAUAUCAACAAUUCAGGAGGGGACCCGCAAAAAAUCACCGACCUGACCCACGAGCAGCUGAAAAAGUUCCACGCGGACCACUACCAUCCCAGCAAUGCCAAGGUCUUCACGUACGGCGACAUUCCUCUCGACGAGCACUUGAGGGACAUCGGAGCGCAGCUAGACAAGUUUGGCAGGAUCCGUGUGGAUACGGACAUCAAGCUACCAAUUAGCCUUGAUGGGCCGAAGACAGCCACCGUGAAAGGUCCCAUUGACCCUCUGGUACCGGCUGAUAUGCAGUACAAGACCUCCACCUCUUGGCUCAUGGGAGACUCGUCCAACAUCUUGGAGACAUUCUCCCUCGGUGUGCUCUCAUCUCUGCUGCUAGACGGUUACGGUUCUCCUCUAUACCGGGGUUUGAUCGAGGCGGGGUUGGGCCCAGACUGGAGCCCGAACACUGGGUAUGAUGGAUCUGGAAAGGUCGGUAUCUUCUCCAUUGGCCUCAACGGUGUCAAGAAGGACGACGUACCUAAGGUCAAGGAGGCCAUCUUCAGGACUCUUGCUGAAGCAAAGGAGAACGGCUUCAGUCAGACAAAGGUCGACGGCAUUCUGCACCAGUUGGAAUUGGCUCUCAAGCACAAGACGGCUCAUUUCGGCAUGGGCCUCAUGCAGCGCCUGAAGCCUGGUUGGUUCAAUGGCGUAGAUCCCUUCGAUGCUCUUGCGUGGAACGAGGUCGUCGACGCCUUCAAAGCGGAGUACGCAAAGGGUGGUUACCUAGAGGGCUUGCUGGAGAAGUACCUUCUAAACGACAAUACCUUCACGUUCACCAUGGAGCCGUCGGAAACCUACGCGCGAGAGAUUGCAGAGGAAGAGUCUGAACGGCUGGCAUCUAAGAUCCUCGAGACCACCAGGAAGUUUGGGACUGAAGAGGAAGCAAAGAAAUUCUUGGAACAGCGCGAGCUAGAGCUUCUCGAGGAACAAGAAAAUGGCAGGAAGCAAGACCUGGGAUGCCUUCCUACGGUCCAUGUCAAGGACAUUCCACGUCAAAGGGAGAAGAAAGACGUUAGGCAAAGCCGAGUCGAAGAUGUCAAAGUCCAGUGGAGGGAAGCGCCCACCAACGGUCUGACCUACUUCCGCGCCGUGAACGUGUUCGAGGACCUUCCGGACGAGCUUCGUGAAAUGAUUCCCCUCUUCAGUGAUGCAAUCAUGAGGCUCGGUACCAAGGACAAGACCAUGGAGCAGCUGGAAGAGCUUAUCAAGCUGAAGACUGGCGGUAUCAGUAUUGGCUACCACUCGACGACUACACCUACUAAUAUCCAGGGAUUUGAGGAGGGUCUGGUCUUCGCUGGAUCUGCACUGGACCGCAAUGUCCCAGCGAUGUAUGACCUGCUUCGGACUCUCAUCACGGAGACAGAUUUUGAUGGCCCGGAGGCUGAGAAACAGAUUCGUCAACUGCUCCAGGCUUCUGCCAGCGGCGCUGUCAAUGCAGUUGCCGAGUCUGGCCACGCUUAUGCAAGGAGGUAUGCAGAGGCUGGUAUCACGCCUGCGGCUCGCUUACGCGAGCAGACGGCUGGCUUGACCCAGGUCAAGCUGACGACCAACCUGGCAUCCAGAUCAGCAUCUGAGUCCUUCGAGGAUGUGAUGAGCAAGCUGAAAACGCUCCAAUCACUUGCCAUUUCUAAUAGCAAAAACCUGCGUGUUGCAUUGACAUGCGGUGCUGAGAGCUCCGCGUCCAACGAGGAAGCACUCACCAAGUUCUUGGCUACCCUCCCUGCAAACAAACCGGAGAUGCCGACCGUCUCCCGUUUGACAACGUUCUCGCGCAACGCAAAAUCUUUCUUCCCUCUGCCCUAUCAGGUCUACUACUCCGGUCUUUCAAUUCCGACUGUCCCGUACGUCUCCAGCGACGGCGCGCCCCUGCAGAUCCUUGCUCAGCUGCUUACCCACAAGCAUUUGCACCAUGAGAUUCGGGAGAAGGGUGGCGCAUACGGAGGUGGUGCUUACGCCAACGGACUUGGUGGCAUCUUUGGAUUCUACAGCUACCGUGACCCGAACCCGCAGAACACGAUCAAGAUUAUCAACGAGUCGGGCGUCUGGGCGCGCGACCGCGCAUGGACGGAUAGGGACAUUGAAGAGGCCAAGCUCAGUGUUUUCCAGAGCCUCGAUGCGCCGGAGAGUGUCAGCCAAGAGGGCAUGCAUAAGUUCCUCAACGGAGUAGACGACGAGAUGCAACAGAAGAGGCGCGAGCAGCUUCUUGACGUGACGGCCGAGGACGUCAAGCGCGCCGCCCAGGAUUUUUUGGUCAAUGGUGUGCCAAAGGGCAACUUGGCCGUCCUCGGUGAGAAGAAGGAGUGGGUCAAGGAGGACUGGACGGUCAAUGACCUGCAUAUGGUGCAGGAUGCGGUUGGGGGAGCGGAUGGCUCAGCUUAA